UCCCACUCUGGAGGCUGUUUACUAGGAAAGAGGUUCUCCUCUUUGGACAAAAACAAGGGCUGAGACUCACAGUCGAGGGGAGCAGUGUGUUUGAUGCCCUUCAACACAGGCUCUUUCUCCAGUUUUACGCCUUUUAAGUCUUUUCAAUAUGUUUCUCCAUCUGCAUGUUGUUCUCCUGUGUGCAGCCUUUGUGGACAGCAGCGUGGUAAAUACUGACCAAAAAGACUGCAUUAGAUCCAAUGGAGUGGACUACAGGGGGGACAAACAGAGCUCGUCUUCAGGCCUGACUUGUUUAAUCUGGACUAACACUUCCACACAGUAUGAUUCACAGACAGGUGUGGGAGAUCACAAUUACUGCCGAAACCCAGACUCCUCUGAGAGGCCUUGGUGCUACAUUACAGGCCCGGAUGGGACGGUCCAGAAGCAGUUUUGUUCCAUCGAGGCAUGCCAAGAGCUCACCUCCACCCAGGCAACAAAGAUGAAAUCGGCCCUCCCAACAGCAGCAGCAGCAGCAGCGACCCUUUCCACAGAGUCCUCUUCUGGAGAAGCUGCCGCCGUGCAACCGGUGAUGGGAAUCAGCCAGCGAGUGCGCACCGGACCCAAACAGAAAAAGGAUAUGGGUCCGCUUGGCUAUGCCCUUGGCAUCGUCAUGAUGGCCGUCAUCAUCGUUCUGGGGACUGGCAUCACGUUGGGGUAUUUCUAUAAAAGGGGCCGAGACCUGAAGAAGCAGCAUGAGCAGCGAGUGUACGAGCGGGAGAUGCAGAGGAUAACUCUCCCCCUGUCAGCCUUCUCCAACCCCACGUGCGAGCUUGUCGACGAGAACACCAUCGUGGUGACCGCCACUCACGAGAUCACCCCGGUGCAGGAGGAAGCGGACGGCGGGGACCCCCUCAUUGGCCAGCAGGCGGGCACACCUGGCGCGUGAGUGGGCGUGUCCUCCUCAGUCAAUCAGGACUUCAUGAAUUACAUGUUCUAGUGGACCAAAACAAUCGUCAUGUUACUCCUGUUUGGGAAACGGUUUGAUCCAAAGAUGAAAACUGAGUCAUUUGUGCUCCAAACGAGCUUAUGUGAGACAGAUGAGGACAUAUUUAACAGGAGUGUUUAUAUUUUGAUAGAAAGCUGAUGACCUGCCUGAUGUAUUAUGCGUAUGGAUACUUUAUAUGGUCAUGGUGAGCAUGAUGCGUAUUGACCCACUGGCUGUGCCGAGGGAGAAUUAUGUAUAUAUUUGUGUAUAACUGUAUAUAUAAAGAAUGCUUUGUCUCAGA